AUGAUGUUCCAUCUCCUUCAUCUUUUGCCACUGUUGCUGGCCUCAAUACCACCGACGACCGCACCAGCCAAUGCGGCUCAGAUCGCAACCCCCACUGAAGUCUUUGUGCAUGCGAUUUCUUCCUUCUUGGCGAGGUUCAUCCCGCCAACUGCCGAGACUAUUGCUAUCAUCGCUGGCGAAUUAGAUGACCUGGAAAAUGGUCACAUCGGCGAAUUGAUCGAAGAGCUCGAAUUGGAGUACUCCUAUGGUCGCUCGCCUCCAGUCUACCCGAGCCCUCUGGCAUCAGGGCAGGGAGCAUGGGCCGACGCCUAUCUUCAAGCGCGUGCUCUCGUUGCACAGAUGACCAACGAGGAGAAGAACGAAGUUCUCAUCGGUGAAGGUCUGGGAGCACGAGGAUGCUCGACUUAUUCAAAAGACCUUGCCAGGCUCGGUUUUACAGGGCUGUGUUUUCAAGAUGCCGAGAGUGGAGUUCGCACUGGCCAAUUCGUCAACGGUUAUGCUGCACAGCUUUCAGUUGGCGCUUCAUGGAACCGUGAGCUUACUUACUCUCGAGGGAAGUUCAUUGGCGCAGAGUUCAAAGCCAAAGGUGCAAAUGUGCUUCUAGGUCCAGUCGUUGGGCCUUUAGGCCGUGUGGCUCGUGGUGGUCGCAAUUGGGAAGGAUUUUCUAACGAUCCUUACCUUGUCGGAGCGCUUGUUCAUCCUACAAUCCGUGGGAUGCAGGAAUCCGUCAUUGCUUGUGUGAAGCAUUUGGUCGGUAAUGAGCAAGAGACUCACCGAUUACCCUUCUCAGCAGGACUUGUCAAGCCGCCGCUUCGAGCCAAUCAGUCAUUGUCCUCGAAUAUGGACGACAGAACAAUGCACGAACUCUACCUCUGGCCAUUCUACGAUGCUGUGCGAGCUGGAGCUGGCUCGGUCAUGACUGCGUACACUAAAGUGAAUGGCAGUGACUCAAGCGCGAACAGCAAGGUUCUCAAUGGCUUGCUAAAGACGGAGCUUGGUUUCCAAGGCUUCGUCAUCAGCGACUGGUACGGGCAACAUACCGGUGUUGCCAGCGCCAAGGCUGGUCUCGACGUCGCGUUGCCCUCGUCGGUGUAUUGGAACAAUCAUCAACUGUCGACCGCAGCCAUGAACGGCACGCUUGAGACUGCUCGGCUGGACGAUAUGGUCGUCCGCAUGCUCGCAGCUUGGUAUCGAUACGCAAAGCUGGAGACUCCCGGCAUGGCGCUCAAUGUCGCUGUGGACGCUCGCGACCCUGCUGCAGAAGACACGAUCUUCCAGGGUGCUGUUGAAGGCCACAUCUUAGUGAAGAACAUCAACAACGCUCUGCCGCUUUCCAAGCCCAGAUCACUCGGCAUCUAUGGAUUCGAUGCAGCGAACUCCGCAUUCACCGACAAGAGAUCGUUCAAAUACCCACUGAGUAUGCUGAACACACAUACAUUCCCAGAUGGCACACCCUUCGCUGAUAUCAAUUGCGCCCUGUUGUUCACCACUAUUGCCAAAGCUGGAACGGUGGGCCCAGACGUUGCUCUUAAUGGCACACUGAUCACGGGUGGCGGGUCGGGAGGAUGCUCGCCUGACACUACUAUCGCGCCGUAUGAUGCUUUCCUGUCUCAAUCGAAAGUCGACGGCACCACAUUGCACACCGACUUCUGGUCAUCUAAUCCGGUGGUUGAUCCCACAACCGACGCUGCCAUUGUCUUUGUCAACGAACAAGCGUCAGAAGCCUGGGACCGUGUAAGCCUGGCCAGUCCCUAUGCGGACGAAUUGAUCAAAAGUGUCGCGGCGCAACAUCACAACACCAUUGUGGUAAUACACAAUGCUGGUAUUCGCUUGGUCGAUCGAUGGUAUGACAAUCCGAAUAUCACUGCCGUCAUUUAUGGUCACCUCCCUGGCCAAGCCAGUGGUUCAGCUAUCACAGAAAUCAUGUAUGGCCGCCAGUCACCUUCCGGCCGGUUACCCUACACCGUAGGCAAGAGUGAAGCUGACUACGGAGAUCUCUUGAGUCCUACCGUGGCCACUGCAUCCAAUCCCUACUACGCUCAGUCCGACUUCGUGGAGGGUCUCCACAUUGAUUACAAAGCCUUCAUCAAGGCUGGGAUCACACCGAGAUUUCCUUUCGGCUUCGGUCUCACAUACACCACAUUCGCAUACUCAUCCCUUCACAUCACCCGAAAUGCCGCUGCAAACUCAUCACCUUUCCCACCAGAUGCUGCACUUUCGUCUGCUACUGUUGCGCCCGAAGGCGGUCUCGACUCUCUCUAUGAUACCCUCUUGACGAUCACUGCUACGAUUACGAACAUUGGCCAUCUUCACGCAGCUGCAGAAGUGGCGCAGCUCUAUCUCGGAAUUCCGGACAGUGGCGUCGAAAAGGUCUUGCGCGGGUUCGAUAAAGUCAUGAUCCAACCUGGCGAGACCGCAAAGGUGAAAUUCCCCUUGCGAAGACGCGACGUCAGCGUGUGGGAUGUCGCCGCGCAACAGUGGAGGAUUCCUGCUGGCACCUUCCGGGUCUAUGUUGGCAAGGAUGUGCUCGAUGAGGACAUGCUGACAGGCGCGUUCGAGUUGAUCGCCGAGGACAGUCCAUUGCGCAAUGCGGCUGGCCUGCAGGGAGAACAGAUUAGAUAUCGAGGCAAUUCGCCCCUUCUCGAUUUUGUGGUUCAGACUAUCGUUGAUCUCAAAUAUGUCAAACCCAACGUACAGAAAGCGAGAGAGCCAUCUUGCCUGGAGCGCGUUUACAGGCUGGCUUGUGUCAUCCUUUGGCAAUUUCUAGCUCUCCCGUUGGCAUUCAUAUUCCACGACCACAGCCACUCUCUCCCCAAGGAGACAUCCACUUCACAACAACACCACUACGUCUCCGCCGCAAAUAUGGCAGACGUAGAAAUGACCGAGCCUGCUCCAGCAGCCGCCACCACCGCUCCCAAGGGUAAAAAGGUCGCUGCAGCCGCUGGUGACACAGAUGGGAAGAAACGAUUUGAAGUGAAGAAGGACGGACCAAGGCAUUGUAUGUGCUCGAUGAAGAGUUCUGACGCAGAGUUCUUCCAACAGUGGAACGCCGUGGCGCUCUGGGCAUGGGACAUCGUUGUCGACAACUGCGCCAUCUGUCGCAACCACAUCAUGGACUUGUGCAUCGACUGCCAGGCCAAUCAGGCGUCCGCCACCAGUGAAGAGUGCACCGUGGCAUGGGGUGUCUGCAAUCUCUCUGCGGCACAGUGA